CAAAGAGUGUUGCAGUCUUCAUUGUUGCAGAUCCUUUUUUCUGCUUUAGUUGUUAGGGUUAGCUGUAAUAUGGUAGGAAGAGGUAAGGGUGUAAUUAUGGUAGAGGAAGCAAUUCGAAAAUUUAGGUUUUCCUGUUGACAGGGUCUGGGUUAAAAAUCGUCAUCCUGACCUAAGUUUCAUUUCCCAUUGUGUGGUAGGUGAUUAAUCGAAGGACGAAAGUAGUACUGUUGAGGAAGGUUUUGGAUUUGUUCAGAAUGGGUGGUUUGAUGAAGGAGAUUAGUAUUGUAUCAGAAGUUAUGUCAGGUUAGUAGCAGAGGUUUUGUUUUUCAUGUGUCAAGGAGGAUUGCUUCUGAAGCCUAAUUGAAUUUAUGUUUUUUUUUAUUAUUUUUUUAAUUUUGAAUUUUGAAAUGCUGAUAUGCUUCUCAUUUUCAGUUGGCUAUAAAUAUUGGGAUAUUGUGCUCAGUCUGUUUAUCUUGGUCAGAGCAAUUUCGUUUUGCUUAGCUUCUCUUUUGUUUAGAAGAUUGUUGGUUGUUGUCAAUUAUUAUGGCUUUUACUGGCCCUUUUCAUCCACUUCGUAGCUUAUGCAAAGGCAAAGAUACAUGGAAAGUUAAGGUUCGGGUUCUCCGACUGUGGGAAAUGUUUCCUGUUGGUGAACCUGGCAAAGCAUAUGCUAUGAAUCUUGUGUUGAUCGAUUCACAGGUUAUUUAUUUUAGUUUUUAUUUUGUUACUUCUUUUUGCUUGUGGAAUCUAAGCAUAGUGUAUAAUUUGUGCUUUUAUUUUGUUGUAUAGGGUGUCAAAAUUGAGGCUUGUAUCAAGAAGAACUAUCUCAGUAAGUUUAGGGGUGAAUUCUCUGAGGGUGGUGUGUACAAGAUAAAUUUUUUCGGUGAAUCUGAAAACUCGGGCGCAUUUCGUGCAUCUGAUCAUGAGUUCAAAAUUUUCUUCAAUUCGAGGACACGGGUUGUGCCUGAAUCUUCAGAUGCUAUUCCUACGAUUGCGUUAUCCCUGAAAAACUCUGCUGACAUUGAUGCUACUCUUGGGGAAUCAGAUUUUCUCAUAGAUUUUAUUGGAUUAGUCACAGCAGCUUCAAAUGAGAAGCAGUAUACCAAAUCUGGGAACAUCACAAGGAAGAUUGAGCUGGAUUUAACUGAUGAAAAGUGAUAUUGUUCUUCAAAAUGUUAUGAAUGGAACGAAGAUUAUGUGGAAUCCUGAUAUCCCGGAAGUAGCAUCAUUUCGAGAUGGUUUUGCUCGUAAUGGAAUUGAUUGUCACCUUCCUCUUGGUUUAAUUGAUGGUGAUGUGCCAACUCUUUCUCUUGAUGAGGAUUUUUUAACAAUGUUUCCUCGGAAGACUAUUCUGGAUUUGCAUUCAACUGCUGAGGAAGGUAUAUUCAUUGUAUGUGCUAAGGUAUCUGGUUUACUUGAGGGGGAGAAGUGGUGGUAUAUGUCCUGCCGUUGUCACAGAGGUGUUACAAUUAAAGAUGAUAUGCCUUAUUGUUCUGGGUGUGCUACGUUUGUGCUUGAAGUUAUUCCAAGGUUUAGGAUUAAGAUUGAAGUCUGUGAGGGUGAAGACACAGCUAUAUUUGUCUUAUUUGAUGCUGAUAGUCAACAUCUAAUCCAAAGGAAUUGCAAGGAUUUAUUUGCUGGUUGGAAGGGGAAGAAUGCGUGUGAAUAUCCUGAUGUUAUUAAGGGUUUAGUUGGGAAGGAGUACCUUUUUAAGGUUGAGAAGAUGUCUGACCACGGUGCGAAAUUUGACGAUUCAUUCAAAGUGAAGAAGGCUUGUGAUAAUGGUUCUGUUAUCGAGAAGUUCAAGCAUAAUUCUCAAGUUCAAACUCCUAAGAAGUUGCUUACCGAUGCGUUUGUUUCUAAAUUUGCUGGUGGAUCAAAUGGACGUCACUUGAGUGACAUUAUAGCUGAGUCUUCCAAUGAACUUUCAGAAAUUGGUGCCAAUACAGUCUCCCUUGAUGACAUAUCUCCGGUGGAAUGUUCCUCUGUUCUUUCUUCUGUUGGGAGUGCUGGUGAUUUUGAUGCAAGCUCCUCCAAACCUACCAAGAGGAUGAAGCUAAGGAAUGUUAAAGAGAUUUAGGAGUCUUUUCAGUUAUAAGACAUCAUGUGUUCCUUCCAAGUAGUUUAUCCAUUUUGACUGUGUCAAGAACUUGUGUUUUGCUGCCCCUCUGAUGUUGUUGUAAUGUUUCUAUUCGGGUGCUCUCUAUCACCUUAUGUUUUGUUAUAUUUUGUUAUACUGCCGAGGGGUAUUUUAAUUUUUAGUGAUUGGAACCUUUGCUGGUUGUCCUGGUUUUUUUAGAUGGUCUUUGCCUUUUGUUUUAUGGUUUCACUUUGAUGUGAUGUAAUGAACUGUCGAUGAUAUGGGAAAUCUUAUGUUUAUUUGUUUGUAAUAUUCUGCAGUUUAUUUUUCAUUUGGUUCUGGGAGCACUUAUAAUUCGACAUCAUCAUUUUCCUCUAACAUACCUUGGGUAGGACUUUAAUUUUAUAAAUGUAUUGUACUGGUGUUUCACUGAUCUUAUUUAUGGUAUGAGAUUUAGUAGCUUUGUACAUGUUAUAUGUACAUCACAAUUGCCCAGAACUUUUUAUAAAGGUAUUCUUGCUGUUAUUUUGAAAAGUGUAAUAUAAAAUAUGAUAUGAACUGUAAUAAGUGUAGUUUUUUUUGUAUGAGAUU